AGUUCCCCCUCGGCCUUCCAGACCCCCGUGAAGAAACGGGUCAGAGCCUUUCCCGAGGGUCCUUCCCCCUCCCAGAAACCCGGGAAGAAGCGGUUUGCCUCCCAGAUCCGCUGGUCUCCCGGCUCCGGGGAGGAGACGAAGGAAAACCAGGAUUUUCCAGUGAAAACGGGGAUUCCCAGGAGGUUGGAGAUCUCCCCGCUCCAGGGGGAACCUCCCGGGAAAUCCUCCCUCAGAACCUCCUCCUCCUCCAAGCCCCACGUGCCCGUGGGGGCUUUUUAUGGCAAAGGGAAGAACUACCUGGACCCCGUGGAGAGGAAGAAGCUCCAGGAGAUCCAGGUUUUGGGAACGGGGAGCGGGGCCGGGAAUGUCCCGGCUCCAGGCAGGAUGGGGAACAGCAGCGGGAACUGGAGCGGGAAUCGGGGCGGGAAUCCCAAGCCCAAGGCGGCCAAACACGCCCCGAAUCCCAGACGUGGCCAGAGCGUCCCAAAGCCGAAGAAAACCAAGGGAGAGAUCCCGGCGGGAAAGGCGAGCGCGGAGAGGGAAGCCGGGAAUUGCCUCGUCCGGAAAAAGAUGGAUUCUCCCUUCCGGGUGCUGAGCAUGAAGGUGAAACCGGCCCUGAAGCUCCGGCUGGGAGCCGCUUUUUUCGCCGCCGGGAAGAAAUCCCACUCCAGGAAAAACCCCGGAGACCCCAGGGCUCUCCAGGCCCUUCCCAAAUCCCCGCGGGAGAACGAGGAGCCGGCGGAAAACGCGGAGCCGGCGGGUGGAGGAGAAACCCCAGAGGAGAGGGGGGUGUCGGGAAGGAUUCCCGAGCCCCGGGAGGAGGGCAGGGGGAACAGGGAGAGCUCCGGGAAUCCGGGAGAGUCGGGACACGGAGGAGAAGCGUCUCCACGGAAAACUGGGAAUGUGUCCUGCGCUUCCACGUCCGGAGCCGAGGGAGACGGGGGUGCUGCUGGGCUCAGCUCCUCUCCAGGCUGGGAAUCCCGGGAUUGUGUCGUCCUGUCCAGCCAAUCUCCCCCCAGAGGGAACAAACAGGCUUCUCCCUCCAAAGCCGUGGUGUAUCCCAUAUUCUCUGCGGCCCUGGCCAGCAGGAAAAGGCCGCUGGACGAGAUUCCACCUCCAUUUGGGAGCAGCCCACCGGGAAAAGUCCCUCACACCUCCCAGAAAAGCAGGAAGGCCAAGGAGCUCUGCAGGCGUUCCAGGGAUCAGAUGAUCAUUGACGCGGGGCAGAAGCACUUUGGAGCCAUCGUGUGCAAAUCCUGCGGGAUGAUCUACUCGGCCGCCAGCCCGGAGGACGAGGCCCAGCACAUCCAGCACCACCAGAGGUUCCUGGAGGGGCUCAGAUACGUGGGCUGGGUCCGUGAGAGGGAGGUGGUGUGGGGAUCAACGAGUGCCACGUCCUUCACUCGGAUCAACCCCAUGGAAUGCCCCGAGCUGGCCCAGCACAUCCAGCACCACGAGAGGUUCCUGGAGGGGCUCAGAUACCUGGCGGAGGAGGUGCGGGAGAUCGUGGAUAACGAGCUGGGAUUCCAGCAGGUGUCCCUGGGCUGCCCGGCCCGGAGCAGGACCUACCUGUUCGUGUGCGGAGAGAGGAUGGUGGUGGGCUGUCUGCUGGCCGAGCCCAUCAAACAGGCCUUCCGGGUGCUGUCGGAGCCGGCCCCGUGUCCCAGCCCGGAUUCCCAGCAGGGAAUUCCGCGGGCCUGGCGCUGCUCAGCGGAUCCGGAGCCGGCCGUGUGCGGGAUCAGCCGGAUCUGGGUGCUGGGGCCGCGGCGCCGCAGCGGCAUCGCCCGCCGGCUGCUCGACACGCUCAG